AUGCCAAGAGAUUUGUCAUUCCACAACUCUCAUCUUGGAAGACCAGCCUUGGCCGCUUCCAAAUCUGAAGUUUCAGGGAUUAGACGUGGUCGUAGACCAUUGAGAACACAACCACAGUCGGAACCAUGGAUGAGAAGUGUUAGUACCGGAACUGUUUUGAGAAGGAAACGGGGGAAUGGUCGAAGUCCAUCACCAAACGAUGAAUCUAAUGUUCGUGGUGGUUCAUUGACUCGCUCGAGGAAUACUCAAGAGAACGUACUAGUUGACGUUUUGCCAUCGUUUGAAAUGUACAAUUCGUUACAUAGACAUAUUCCCCAAGGUAACAUUAAUCCGGAUUGCCACGAUUUCCCACCUUGUUACCAAGAAAUAGAAGCCCAACAAAAUUCGAUAUUGAGGAAUACCGAUCAACCAACAGAGAUUCAAGCGCUGGAUUCGCAAAACCCACAACAACGACCGGAUUUGAGAAGAAGCUCGUCGUCCGGAGUUAAUAAUUUACAGGCAUUUUCCACACAACAUCUUUCAAUUCAAAAUACGCAGUCAAUAUUGCAGGAAAGUUCAGAACCAAUCGAAGAUGAUUUUAACGAUUCUGAUAGUAUCAAUAUCGAUAAAUUGUACAGUUUACCAAAGUUAUCUACGCCCAUCGAAGUUACCAUACGCUUAACUAAAAACCCGCCCAAACCUCAUGUAAGACCGGAGGAGGAAUCAAUUUUAAAAGAAUACACUUCAGGUGACGUUAUUCAUGGUUAUUGCAUAGUUGAAAAUAUGUCUUCACAACCAUUACCAUUCGAAAUGUUUUACGUCACUUUAGAAGGUUAUACAUCUUUGAUAGAUAGACAAGUGGGAAAAAGAACGCUGAAAAGAUUCCUAAGAAUGGUCGAUUUAAGUGCAAGCUGGUCGUAUACAAAUAUUCAACUUAGCACGGGGGUCAGCGUAGUGGUUGGUGAUGUAGAUUACGAUAAUUGCGUUAUAGGUCUUACGAACAAUAGAAUUCUAGAGCCGGGCGUCAAAUACAAAAAGUUCUUUACGUUUAAAUUACCCAAUCAAUUGUUGGAUGUCACUUGUAAACAGGAACAAUUUAGCCAUACCCUUUUACCUCCUACUUUUGGUGUUGAUAAAUUCAGAAACCAUGGAAAAUAUUCUGGAAUCAGAGUCAACAACAUUCUAGGAUGUGGUCACUUGGGGGUUAAAGGUUCGCCAAUUCUUACCAUCGAUAUGGUUGAUGAAAAUUUAUCCAUAAAUUACACGGUGGACGCUAGAAUUGUGGGUAAGGAUAAGAGGACUCAAAAAUUAAACUUGAUGAAGGAAGCUGACUAUAACAUUAGAGUCAUUCCAUUCGCAUUUUGCUGUCCUAUUAUUGGUAAACUCAGUACAGGUCAACAAUUAGCUCAGCUCAAAAGGGAUGCAGAGAAGAGAAUAACAGCUCUAGAAAAUGUUUUUUCUAGGUUGGAGGCUAAUGAACCUAUACAACCAAGAGAUGUCAAUGCUACAGAUAUUGCUGGUACCGUGGAUAAUACUUCAGAGUUGGAUCAAACUGAUUUGCUACGUUGUAAAAUGGAUCAGUUACAACUUCAAAGACCGAGGUAUGUAUCGUCAAAUUCAGAUGAUGGUGGAGAUUCAAAGGCAAAAUUUUCAGAUCGUGACAAAGUGGAAACGCAAUUUAGCUACAAGGUAAGAUCUAAAAGUGCUAGUGGAUUAAAAAAUGGGAUUUUUUCCGGACUGCUAGGUGGAUCCUCGUCUAGCUCAGUGAAAAAGGAAGGCACCAAGGAGAAAACUGAGAAAGCAGGGCUCAUUUUAUUUCAAGCCAAGAUUCCAGAAUAUUCGCUGCCUUACCGCCCACCAUCUUUAUUGAGAAAGACGAACAGAUUUGAUAAUAAAAAUAGUUAUGAUCAGGAAAAUUGGUUACAGCUGUUAGACUUAGUCCCAGAAGAAAUGAGACGUCCACUAGAUCAUUUAGAUAUUGACCUUACCUGCAUUCAAUCUAACAAUAGUAAACCAGGUGAACCUCCAGAGAUUCAGUCCAUUACCACUGAACUUGUAUGCAUAACGGCAAAGACUGACAAUUCUAUACCGAUUAAAUUAAAUCCAGAACUGUUAAUGAAUCAGAAUAAACUGAAUGAAGUGAAAAGGAAUUAUGCGGCCAUGAGUAAAACCGUAUCAGAGUUGAGUAAAAGAUUUGAGGCAAAUGCUGCGAAAUUGAACGAAUUGUACAACAUGCACGAUAGUACUUUGGCGCCUCGUGAGCUUAGAUUUAGCGAUUUCAUACCAUCUCAACUGCAAAAUAAUUUGGAAAGUUUAGCAAAUUUGGAAGCCAAGGUAGUUCAUCUCCAUGAUGUGUUUAGGAAACAAACGCACACUCUAAAGGAUUUUGCUCCAACACAAGACACGAUCUCUGCCGUGCCUUCCAACGGAUCGGCAUCCCAGUCAAAUUCUGGUAGCUUCCUAAGCUCUACUUUCAGUCCAUCUUCAGAACAUUCGCGUUCUUCUACGUCAUUAAAGUUUGUUGAUCAAAUUGCUCACGAGUGGGUUAAGUGUGAACCCCUCAAGUAUAAGAGAACUGUUACGGUUAAUUUGGAAUACAAUGACAAUAUUAGAGAAACUUUGGUACCGACUUUUGAAAGCUGCCUAUGUGCACGCUUCUAUUGCAUUCGUGUCAAUAUCAAGUUCGACCACCAUGCUGGCACCGCUACAAUUGACAUCCCAGUGGACAUCAAGAGCUUUCAUAACAUUUAG